AUGUACAUUUACGAUUACGACUGUUCGUCGAAGGAUCCCAAGUUCUAUAAGGCUGCCGAACCGAUCUGGCUGACGCUACAGAAACAAGGAGGAAAGAGCGGGUUAUAUUUCUGGCCCGGAGAGGAAGGCUACACCGAAAAACCCACGUAUAAUGAGAAACCCUUUUGCCUUGUGAAUUGCAGUGCAAUUGAUCCGAAGGAUCUGCCUAAAUACAGGAACAGAACACGCCCCACAUGGCCGAGUUACAUCCACUGUUUUCCUAAUUACACUGAGCCAUUCAAAAGCCGGUUGGAUAAGGUAAUUAACUGGUUAAAAUCUGAGGAACCACCUCAGUUUGUAGGGGUGUAUAUUGAUCACCCAGACUGGGAGGGUCAUGAUUACGGCUCGCAUUCCAAACAGUAUAAGGAAGCCAUUGAGAAGGUUGAUCGAGAGGUUGUUGGUUAUCUAACAAAGCGCUUGCGUGAUGUUAACCUCAUUGAUAACGUCAAUUUAAUCUUUGUCAGCGAUCACAGCUUUAAUAACAUUUCUUCGGCCCGUCAAAUAUUUUUGGAUGAUUAUCUCGACCGAUCCGCGUACAUGAUGACAGAAUCAACAGCUCUGGGACAUAUCUGGCCAAAAGAUGAGAAACUGGAGGAAAUAUUUAAAAAUCUCACAAAGGUAAAGAACCCACACAUGAAAAUUUACAAGAAACAAGACAUCCCCGAAUCAUUCCACUGGAAACACAAUCGCAGAAUACCCCCCAUAUUCAUUGAUCCCGAGUUGGGUUGGUCUGUCACACAAUCCCGCGGGAACCCGAACACAUCGUGGGUUUACGGGACACAUGGUUGGCCACCGCGGGAAAGUCAAAGCUAUCCGAUCUUUUUCGCACAAGGUCCUGCUUUUAAGAAGGGUUUCGAAGUUCAGCCGUUUAAUAUAGUUGAUUUAUAUCCUUUGAUGUGCCAUCUGCUUGGAAUUCAACCAAAAUAA